AUGUCAUCUCUCCAGCGCUUGUUGCUUCACCUCCUCUUCCUUCUGGCCACUGUUUCAGCCGCGCCAUCGCAGUACUGUCUCUUUGGCCUUCCGCGCGAUGAAAUCGACUUCUGCAUGGCCGUGUCGCUCUAUCACAACCACUCGACAUCAGCUCACGAUGUCUAUCUCUCACUGGCCGUGAGACGAUCCGCCACCCAGUCCAAUGGCACUUCUCUCGGGUGGACCGCUAUCGGUACAGGCCCCAAGAUGGCCGGAUCUCUCAUGUUCGUCCUCUAUGGCGAUCCCGAGGCGUCCGAUGCCAAGCCGACGUUGAGCGUGCGAACCGUCAAGGCCGGCCACUCACGGCCAGCGCAGGUCACCCAGCAAGACACCGGAAAACAGCUCGACGUUCGCAUCUCGGAGACGGCCUGGAAAAAGGCCGACGACGACCUGUACGUGGCCACUGCGUCUAUUGUCUGCUACGCCUGCUCUGAGUGGAUGGGAACGGAAAUCUCGCCCGAGUCGGUCUCGCAGCCGUGGAUCUGGGCGUGGAACAAGCAGCAGGACAUGAAGGCUUUUGCGCCCGACCAGCAGCUUGAAGCGCACUCUAUGGUGGAUGGCUAUGGUUACUUUUAUGUCGACAUGAAGGCGGCCACCUCGCACCACUCUGAUGGCUUCCCGACUUUCAACGUGACCGGCGAGGAUUCCAAUAUCGGCACCUCUGAUCGGCCCAUUAAGGAAGUGAAAACAGGGCUGUGGCAGAAGCUCCUGUCUCGGCCUCUCGCCCAUCUUCACGGCUUCUUCAUGAUGACCGCCUUCUUGCUGCUCUUCCCUGUCGGAGCUGUGGCAAUUCGCUCGGGUUCUGAAAAGUCAUUCAAAUAUCACUGGGUCAUCCAGGCCUCGGCCAUGGUAUCUGCCCUCUGCGGCGCCAUCGUGGCCAUUGUGAUGAGCGACAGGGUGUUUGGUUCCCCUCACCAAAUCGCCGGUGUCGUCAUUGUCUCACUCCUGCUGGUGCAGGCAGUGCUGGGCUGGCGACACCACGUCGACUUCAUUCGCAUCUUCCGCCGCACUUGGAUCUCUUACGCUCACAUCUCCCUCGGCUUCGUGAUCCUGGUGAGCGGCUGGGCCAACGUCAUCGGCGGCCUGGUGUUGUAUGGCUUCAGCAAGUUUGGCAUCGCCAUGCUUGCCCUCUUCAUCCUUUUGGAGGCCGCGGGCGUUGGCGCCUGGUCGUUCCUGGCCAGACGCCGCUCCAUGUCAAGGGGCACGAUUCAUAAGGAGACGCCGGAGUCUUCGGCGGCGUAUUUCGCCUUGGAGGAUAUUCCUGAGAGCGAUGAGGAGGAUGACGUGGCGGAGGAGAGGGGGCUUAUGCAGAAGCGGAAUGAUUAA